AUGGCCAGAUUCUCCGUCUCACCAGCGACUCUGUCGCCAAUUCGAACAACUCUCUCCUCAACAUCAUCAUACUCACCAAGCCGCUUCUCCCUCGGCCAAGUCCGUCAUGCAACCUUUAUCCCCCGACCGCGCCGACCUUACACAUUCACUCAGCUCGUCACAUUGUCCGACGGCUCUUCAUACACCAUGCGAACAACGUCACCGCUACCCAUCUACCGAGCCGCAAAGGACACACGCAACACACUGCUAUGGCAGCCAUCCGAGAAGUCACUCAAGAACGUCGAGCUCGAUGAGGCUGGUAGAUUGGCUGCUUUCCGAGAACGUUACGGUCGUGCCUACGAUACCUCUAAUGCUGAAGAGGGUGGCGAGGAGGCUGCUGAGGAUGCAGAUGGAAGUUACGCGGAUCUUAUCACUGGAUAUGCGCCUGCACAAGAUGCCAACACUAUGAGGGAUUCAGGACCUAAGAAGCAGGCUAAGAAGAGAAAGUAA